CUUAAAACAAAAAAUAUUCUUACAAAAUGAGUAAUUACUCCUUCACAUUCUUCCUCUUUACAUUGUUUGUAUUACAAUUCAUUCUAGCAAUAGAAGCUAGAGGGAGAAGUAACACCUACAAUGUGGCCAAUUUUGGGGCGAAACCCGACGGGAAAACGGACUCAACUAAGGCAUUUGUGAAUGCGUGGAGUGCGGCCUGUGGAUCCACGGGCCGCCCUACGAUUCAUGUGCCUCCGGGUCGAUUUUUGAUCCGAAAUGCCAUAAAAUUUUCCGGUUCAAAAUGUAGGAACAAGGGUGUGAACCUUGUUAUUAGAGGCACAAUUAUUGCUCCUUCUGAUUUUCGAGCUCUUAGAAAUUACGAUACUUGGCUCGCUUUUGAGUACGUCACCGGAAUGUCGAUUUCCGGUGGCGUACUUGAUGGUCAAGGGGCUGGAUUGUGGAAUUGUAAGAUGUCCGGCAAAGGCGGGUGUCCAAGUGGUGUUACGAAUAUUGGGUUUACAAACUGUAAAGAUAUAGUAAUAAAAGGAUUAACAUCCUUAAAUAGUCAAUUAUACCACAUAGUAUUUGUUGGGUGCAAAAAUGUGAAAGUUGAAGGAGGAAGAGUAACAGCAUCAGGGUCAAGUCCAAAUACAGAUGGGAUACAUGUACAAAUGUCAACUGGUGUUACAAUUCAGAGUACAAAUAUUGGUACUGGUGAUGAUUGUAUUUCUAUUGGUGCUGGUACUACUGAUUUGUGGAUGGAGAAUAUCAAAUGUGGACCCGGUCAUGGCAUUAGUAUUGGAAGUUUAGGCAAAGAAGCAUAUGAGGCAGGAGUGCAAAAUGUAACAGUAAAAACUGCAACAUUUACUGAUACUCAAAAUGGAGUAAGAAUAAAGUCUUGGGGAAGACCAAGUAACGGCUACGUCAAAGAUGUUUUAUUCCAACACAUUACUAUGAUUAAUGCUCAAAAUCCCAUCAUUAUUGAUCAAAAUUACUGUCCUGGUAACAAGGGUUGCCCUGGAAAGGUAUCUGGAGUAAAAAUAGAGGGUGUUACAUACCAAGAUAUACAUGGAACAUCAGCAACACCAGUAGCAAUAAAGUUUGAUUGUAGUGCAAAAAACCAUUGUUCAAGGCUUAGACUGGAAAAUGUUAAGUUGACCUACAACAGCAAAUCAGCCACCUCUAUUUGUACUUAUGCUGCUGGUUAUACUUUGGGAUUGGUUCAGCCUAAAAGUUGUUUAUUAUAGGAUUAAUAUUUUUUUUUUUUCUAAUUCCACUAAUUCUUCUGUGAUAUGUUAUACUAUCACUCUAUCA